AUGCAGGUGCUUAGGGUGCCCAGUACUUUGCUCAUAUCGACCGCAGCGCUUGUCCUACCCGCACACGCGUGGUUUAGAGUGGCUUGCACGAGUCCGUUGGUUCAAGAGAGAAUAGACCCCAUUGUAUCACCAGGAACUUCACCGUCGAACCAUGUGCACACUGUCCAUGGUGCCAAUCUCUUUGGAUCUGAUAGUACCUUUGAUACCCUUCGAGCAUCGUCUUGCACCAAUUGUCUCGUCUCUCAGGAUCUCUCGAACUAUUGGUUUCCGAAACUAUACUUCCUCAACACCCAAAACAAUACGUUCGAAGACGUGCCGAAUGGAGGCCUCCUCGUCUAUUACCAAAACCGAGGCAUUGGCGACGCAGCUAACGGCGGUACAGGCCUCAAAGCGUUUCCGCCAGGCCUCAAGAUGAUCAGUGGCGAUCCAAGGCGGAGGGCGAGGAAAUACACCAGAGGCGAAGGCUCGCAAGAUGAGCUAAGGGAACGUGCUGUCGAAUGGGAGUGCCUGAGAUAUCCCAAUAACGAAGGGUAUAAUAGUAAAGACACUGGUUGCGUGAUGGAUUUCCAAAUACCAACUGCGAGGUUUGUCAGGACCUUGGAUUACAUCGAACCAUUCAGACUAAACCUCAUCGAAGGCCGGACUGAACGCCCGCAUACAUAUGCCUGCGUGCUGGGAUGGUGUCACCACGUAUCCCACACCGCCUACCUCUCCGACUUGGACAAUGGUGAUUGCCCGGCAACACACCCUGUUCCUUUUAUGAAGAUACUCUAUGAAGUUACUUGGGAUGUACAGACUUUCGCCUCGAGAUGGGAUCCGACAAAGGAUGUGUGGCCUUUCGUCUGGUCGACUGGUGACGCAACAGGCUUCUCCUGGCACGGCGACUUUCAGAACGGAUGGGAUGUGGAAGUGCUCCAGAACGCCAUCGACCAAUGCAAUGACCCCAGUAAUCCUACAGGCCAGGGUAUCACCGAGGCCUGCCCUUUCUUCACUAUGAUCAACGCUCCUACCGCCGAUCAAUGCAAGAAAUCACCGAGUGUGAAUGAGGCUGUCGCGGGGGUUCUGGAUAGGCUGCCUGGAUGCAAUCCUCUUCAGCCGGGGCCUGAAGACGCUAGGGUUUAUUCUGGUCCUGACGGACAGUGUCUGGACAUCACUGGUGGUGGUUCGUCCGGGACGAGCAGGGCAUUGGGACGAUUCAAUCAGAACAGCGGUUGGAUAGGCCUCGUCGCUUUGGUGCCUCUGUUCUUCGACUUGGUUUUCCGUGCCUAG